UGCGGGCACGAUGAGGUCGCUCCGCUUCACUGCCGCAGCAGCCCUGGUGUCCCACCCGCAGCUGGCCCUGCAGAGCCUGGAUGGCAUGGCCCACAACCUCUACCCACUGCUGUUCAAAGCCAGCUACCUGCAGGAGCAGGUGGAGGUGGUCCGCGCCGUGCUGGGGCGCUGGCCCACGGAGGAGUUCCGGCUGGGCGCACUGCUAGAGCCGAGCAGCGACCACCCCGAGGACCUGCGUGACCGGGCCUGCCGGGCCUGCCUGGAGGCCUGCGUGCGAGGCCUGGCGGACCACGUGCUGCAGGGAGGGAGCCCCCGGCGGCUGCGGCUGGCCGACCUCACCGGCAUCCGUGACGUGCAGGUGCAGCGGUGCCCCUGCAGGAGGGCGCUGGGCAAGUGGGGCCGCACCCAGCUGCUGGCCAAGACCUGCUGCGCGCUGCAGGAGGAGCCCCUCGGGGCCGGGCCCCCCAUCGAGGUCCUCGCCGACCUCUUUGUCACCGAGGGCAACUUUGCUGCGGUGGUGCAGGCCCUGAGGCCGGCGGGCCAGGCCCCUCUGCGGGUGCGCUGCCCCUCCCUCCGUGCCGACAGCCUGAGCCCCAGCCAGCUCCUGCAGGUGCUGCGCCUGGCGGGGCCGGGCGCGCUGCGGAAGCUCGCCGUGGUGCACAACGUGCGUCUGCACGCCGGCCACGUGCGCGACCUGCUGCGGGUGGGCCUGCCCCAGCUGGCCUCGCUCACCCUGCCCACCAAGGCCUUCGACACCCCUCCAGCCUGCGCCUCGACUCCCGGCGGGGAGGACCCCCUUCUCGCCUCCAUCGCCGGGGAGCUCAGCCAGAUGGGCCAGCUCACCGAGCUGGGCGUGGCCUUCUCCAGGCUGACCGGGAGGGUCCAGACGCUGCUUAGCCCCCUGAGGACCCCACUGCGGGCACUGGACCUGGCCAACUGUGCCCUGAACCACGCAGACAUGGCCUUCUUGGCAGACUGUGUCCACGCCGCCCACCUGGAGGUGCUGGACCUCAGCGGCCACAACCUGGCCAGCCUGUACCCCGCGACCUUCUUCAGGCUGCUCGGCCAGGCUGCCCGGACUCUGCGGGUCUUGACCCUGGAGGAGUGUGGAUUCACAGACAGCCACGUCAACAUGAUGAUCCUGGGGCUCAGCCCCUGCCACCAGCUCCGGGAGCUCAAGUUCCUUGGGAACCCGCUGUCGGCCCGGGCCCUCAGGCGCCUCUUCACUGCCCUCUGCGAGCUCCCCGAGCUGCGGUGUGUGGAGUUCCCGGUGCCCAAGGACUGCUACCCCGAGGGGACCCCCUACCCCCAGGACGAGCUGGCCAUGUCCAAGUUCGACCAGCAGAAAUACGACGCGAUUGCCCAGGAGCUGCGUGCCGUGCUGCUUCGGGCAGACCGGGAGGACAUCCAGGUCUCCACACCCCUCUUUGGAAGUUUUGACCCAGACAUUCAAGAAACAAGCAAUGAGCUGGGCGCGUUCUUGCUGCAAGCUUUCAAAACUGCUCUAGAAAACUUUUCCAGAGCGCUCAAACAAGUGGAGUAGGGCCUCAAAGCACACCAAGGAGAGGUCGCGCUGCAGCCCGCGGGUGCCAGGGCAUCGGUCCUGGGUCGG